UAGCAACGGGACUUUGUUCAUUUCUCGAUUAAUGUAAAAAUUACGACGUCAGGGGAAGUCAUAUCGGAUGACGUCAUUUUAUAUUGGGUGUGAGAAUGGUACAUUUGGUGAAGACUGCUCGUCUCUGUGCGGUCACUGUAAAGAAGGAGGAGAUUACUGUGAUGUGGUCAGCGGGGCGUGUCCUGGAGUUUGUCAGGCUGGCUGGGUGGGGCAAAACUGUGAUGAAGCUUGUGUGGGCGGCUGGUUCGGCGAGAACUGUAGACAGAGUUGUGGAAGAUGUGACAGAGGACAACCCUGUGACAAGAUAUCUGGAAUAUGUCACUCAGGAUGUCAGCCAGGAUUCACGGGACCGGACUGUAAAAUGGGGUGUGAGAACGGAACAUUCGGCAAAGACUGCUCGUCUGUGUGCGGUCACUGUAAACAAGGAGUUUCCUGUGAAGUGGUCAGCGGGGCGUGUCCUGGACGCUGUCAGGCUGGUUGGGUUGGGCAAAACUGUGAUCGAGCUUGUGUGGGCGGCUGGUUCGGCGAGAACUGUAGACAGACUUGUGGAAGAUGUGACAGAGGACAACCCUGUGACAAGAUAUCUGGAAUAUGUCACUCAGGAUGUCAGCCAGGAUUCACGGGACCGGACUGUAAAAUGGAAUGCAGGGGCGGAACAUACGGACGAAACUGCUUAUCUAAAUGCGGUCGUUGCGGUGAUGAUGUACCAUGUGAUCACGUGACAGGAUCAUGUCCAGGGACUUGCGCAUUGGAGAGUUAUGGCAGCCGUUGUGAUGUCGAUGCCAAGGUUUUGCCUGAAAAGGCGAACUGCGUGACAAACUGUGGUUCAGACGAAACAAAAGCCGGGAAGAAUUACGGACUGGGCAAUAACAAAGCUGAUAGAAUCAAGAAGAAGUUCGCCGAAAUAUGUGUACUCUUUGUUAUCACCUCCCUCGUACUAUUUCUGUGACACGGCCUAGACUUUCAUUGUGGAGGGUAACUUUAUGAAACAAAGUAGAUUUUUGUCAUAUUUCGGACACCACUUGACAAGCCGGGCACCCCAUUUUUUUCCAGUUUGCCUACCUAUAUACAAUGAAACAAAGUAAUAAAUUGCUAAUCAAAACUAUA